GGAACGGAAGUGACGUAGCGGAAGUAGGGACGAAUCAGCGGUGCGGCGCUGAGGCUGUGUUGCAUGCUGGUUGAAGAUGGCGGCGGGACCGAUUUCGGAGCGGAACCAGGACGCCACAGUCUAUGUCGGAGGUUUGGACGAGAAGGUAUCCGAGCCGCUACUAUGGGAGCUGUUUCUCCAAGCCGGGCCAGUAGUAAACACUCACAUGCCCAAGGACCGGGUCACAGGGCAGCAUCAAGGUUAUGGCUUUGUGGAGUUCCUUAGUGAGGAGGAUGCAGACUACGCCAUUAAGAUUAUGAACAUGAUCAAAUUAUACGGGAAGCCCAUUCGAGUGAAUAAAGCCUCGGCACACAACAAAAAUUUGGACGUUGGAGCAAACAUUUUUAUUGGUAACCUGGACCCUGAGAUCGAUGAGAAGCUUCUGUACGACACCUUCAGUGCCUUUGGUGUCAUCCUCCAGACCCCCAAGAUCAUGCGAGAUCCAGACACCGGCAAUUCCAAGGGCUACGCUUUCAUCAACUUUGCAAGCUUUGAUGCUUCAGACGCAGCCAUUGAGGCCAUGAACGGACAGUAUUUAUGUAACCGUCCCAUCACAGUGUCCUAUGCCUUUAAGAAAGACUCCAAGGGUGAGAGGCAUGGCUCGGCGGCAGAGAGGUUGCUGGCUGCACAGAACCCGCUGUCCCAGGCUGAUAGGCCUCACCAGCUUUUCGCAGAUGCCCCUCCUCCUCCGUCAGUUCCUGCUGUCAUCACUUCGCUAACCAGCGCUGUAGCUGCAGGCUUACCCGCUUUUCCUCCAGUUCCGCCACCUGGUGCAUUACCUCCAGGAAUGCCUCCAUCGAUGCCUCCACCCCCAAUAUCUUCACUCACUGGAGGAGGAGGGGGUGGUGGAGGUGGUCAACCACAAGUACCAAUGCAGUUCCAGUCUGGAGCUAUGCACCCAGGUCUACAGAUGCAGGCACCGCACCCAGGAAUGGCUCCGUCCCCUGCUCAGAUGGCCUCACGUCCUCCUGGUAUGGCUCCUCCUGGACCCCCUCCAAUGGGAAUGCCACCACGGGGACCUCCAUUUGGAGCAAUGGGACAUCCAGGAAUGCCUCCCGGAAUGCGCCCACCACCUCUCAUGCCACCACACGGCUUCAACGGUCCUCCCAGACCACCUCCCUAUGGCUACCAGCGUGGUCCUCCCCCACCUCCUCGCCAGGCUCCACCUCCUCCACGUCCCCCAACUGCCCGUCCCCCUGCACCUAUGAGGAUGCCAAUGCCACAGUGAUCAGGAAAAACGGACUCCUCGCCAACCUGCAUCUUAUGAGAACUCUGUACAGUGCUCCAGCCUACAGCUUGUUCUUCUUUUUUUUUUUUUAUGUGUUCUGUGGAAGUCUCGGCAGAGUUUUUGUACGAUUCCAAAAUGUAUACAGACUUUUUUGUUUCCUUUUUGAUUUCCCUAGGAUUGAAAAUUCUGGGUGUCUGGGGAACACAUUAAAAUCAUCAUCAUACCAGCGCAGGCAAUGCAAUACUUCUCCGGGGACCUUUGUUGAAUUUUCCAUUGUCUUGUAUAGAGAGCCUGUCAUCUUUGUAAAAUGGUUCCAUUUAAAUUGGGUUUGCUUAAAAGAGUAUUUUUAAAUUUGUUUCCUUUUUUUUUUUUUGCAAGACACGGAUUGCUAGACUACCUAGCUACUCUACCAUAUCCCAAAGCUGCCACGUUUAAAGUAAUUCUGUCCUGAGAAAUGGAGCGUUACUAUUGCCGGCUUUUCAUUCUGCAAAUCCUAGCUGCCUGAUUGUCAUGCUGAUUGAACGUCGCUAACCCAGAACAGGUUUAUAGAUGAUUAUUAUACAGAAUUUAUAGUGCCAACAGUUUACGCAGCACCUUACAAAAUGAAGGCAUAAAUUACAGUUACAAUACCAUUUGAUACAAGAGGAAUCGGAGUGCCCUGCUUGUUGGAGCUUACAAUCUAGGCCUUCUGAUUUUUUUAUUUUUAUUUUUUGUCCCCAGUCACCGACUAAGAAAGUGGAUGCCAAGGCCUCUCCUCCCUGGUAAGCUAUACUUGCCAAUACAUGUUGCAGGACUCCACACUGAAGAAGCGUCCAUUGCGGAGCUUACCUAGGUGGAUGAUGUCACUGCAGGCCCCUCCUCCUUCUGUCACGUGAUCGUGUUCAGUCCCAAAGAGUGGCCAAUCGGGCCUCGGCACUGUCACACGGGAGGGGUUGAAUGCUUCCCUAUACAUGGAAGCCUCACAAUGCUAGAGCAAUAGAGCCAGGAGCCAGGAGGGAACAUGGAUGGGUAGGGGGCUAUCGGGAGGUAGGGGCAGCAUGCCCUUAAUAGGGAAAGUGACUGACACUCUCUCCACAGCUAGGUGGCUAGCAUUUCCAGAAUUGGCAGUUUUCUUUUAUUGUACUUUUCUUAGGAAAGAUUUAUUUUUAAAAUAACCAUAAAGUGCUUGAUGGUCCCUUUUUUAAAGGUGUCAGCAUGGAUAGAAGCUUGGUCGAGAUGCUCAAGUUUUGCAUCAUUAAAGUGGAGUUCCUAUUAAAAUUCUAAAUAUUAAAAGUCAGCAGCUACAAAUACUGCAGCUGCUGACUUUUAAUAACCGGACACUCACCCCCCCACAUCACUACUGGCACACACUGCGCACUGUGAUUGGCUGAGUAAUCAUCUGGGACCUGUGACGUGUCCCAGAUGAUUGCCGAGAAGGGGGGGGGGGGGUGAGGUGACCUUCAUUCCGGUGCCAUGGUGCCCAGGGAGGAAGUGGGAGCUGAAACCCUCUAAAGAAAAGUUUCCGCCCCCCCCCC